UCAGCAUUAUCAUAUUAAAUCUUCCUGGUAUGCCACAAUCAGGCUGAGUGCUACCUGUGAAUGCGGCGCUCAGAACCGCACUCAUCCUCAGCGCAUCUAGUCAUUGUUGACGAUACCAUGACGCGUCUCGUCUCGAGACACGCUCGUUUCUCUCCUUCCGGUCAUCCAUCUUCUACCUAUCGACCAGUUGGGUUUGUCCCCAUUGCCCAGAGAGAUGCAUGUCUUGUGUUCAGCCAGUCAUUGUCCAGGUCUUUCGUUCUAGCACUCGUUGGAAAUGGCUCUCUCAAUUGCGAAAAAGUUCAUUCGUUUUGAAACUUCUUCAUCGCCCCAGUCGCCAGAGCAAUGGAAGCAAACUAUUCAAGAUGUCAAGCUGCUGUAUUUCCAGCGUCAGUACAAGCAAUGCGCCGCCCGUUCGUCUGAGAUCCUUGAUGCUGUAAAAGAACCAGUGAGUGGAGCCUGUUGCUAUCAAAAUAGGAACGCAUUAACGUGCUCUGAUCGGCAGAUCCAUCCGGUCUACAAGACAUACCUUUAUUUCUACAGCGCCAUUUCCUACGAGGAAAUGGGCCGAGCAGCCCAUAACUACUCGCGAAGAAAACUUCCUCUGCUGAAGUCCGCUCUGGACAGCUUCGUCACCUGCAGUACAAUUCUGCCCUUGACAAUCCCGGUUCCUGAAAUCAACUCGGAGACCUCGAGUCCUGCUUCGCUGGUGGGGUCAUGGACAGCGUCCGAUUUCUCGGAGAGUCCUUCGCCUGUCGGGGCCCUCGUCAGCAGCAUCACGGACAUCAUUGACAAGUCCAUGCUCUGCCCAGACGAUGAUCCUUUCAUCUCAGAUAGUGAGGGCUGGGUUGAUCUGGCUCUCCACAUUCCAGAGGACCUUCCACCCCGCAUUCCACAUGACGAUCAGCGCCUCAUGCCCUCGCCCCUUCGACUUCGAAAGUCGUCGGUUGAUCUCCGUCAGGCUAGUCGACAGAAUCAAUCUGCGAGACUGUGUCUUCCUCCUCCUCUUCCUUUCAAGAUUCUGCCUGCGGACCCCAUGAAAAUGAACCACGAAUCUUCCGGACCUAAUAGAACUCCCCGCGCGCAGGGUAGAGGACAAGUCCACGCGGAUGAGCACAAACAAACGCCCGUGACACCGUCACGCGCCGAAUCCAUUACACGAUAUAACAGCACCCUCAAGUCCUUGCGAGUUCAGAUCAACUCCAGCAUCGCCGACAUCCACACACUCAUGGACGAGAUCACGGAGUUGCAGUCGGCCCGUCAGGCGUCGAAGAGUUUCCGCCGGUCUGCUUCAUUCUGGAGUUUCAGUCCCGUCAAGGAGGGUCCUGAUGGUCAAGAGAAACUGGGUAGUUCGGGAAGAGUCAUUGUCAAGGAGACCAAGGAGCAGCGCAUUGCUCGACUGCGUGCCGAGGGAUGGAAGACGGUCGGGUUGAGGUCUCCGGUCCGAGGCUGGAAGGGAGCGGCAUACUACCAGGCAUAUUGCAAUUCUGUUUUGGACGAAUUGUAUCUGGAAGUGUAACUAAGGGUUGGACAGCUGUCUUAACAUAAGGGGUUUCUUGUGGCAGAGUACGGAGUACCAUUGAUUGCAUCUAGCGGGCUUCUGAAGCGCAUAUCUGCUCUUGAUACUUGAUGAUGAGUGUCGAUACGAUGAAUUGUGAGCUAUCUAGAAACGAGGACCAAA